AUGAUGUUGGAUACUGUACAAAAUAUUUCAUUCACAACAUUUAGACUCACUGGUUUUCAUGAUUUAGGAGAAUGGGGUCCUAUUCUAUCCAUUCCCUAUCUUCUUAUGUUUAUAUUUUCUUCAAUGUUGAAUGUUACACUUAUAUACUUGAUUGUAUCUCAGCAAGCUCUUCACUCUCCUAUGUGUAUACUCAUUGGACUUAUGGCAGUUAUGGACUUUUCUUUUCCAUUUUUAUUUGUACCAAAUAUGCUGCUAAGUUUCCUAUUUAACUGGAAUGCAAUUUCACUUGUGGGAUGUUUGGUGCAAAUGUUUUUUAUUUAUUUUUUUGCCUCAUUUCAUUCUACGAUACUGCUUUGGAUGGCUCUGGAUCGUUUUUUUGCUAUAUGCAAACCACUUUAUUACCAGAAAUACAUGACAAUGACCAACUUUCAAAAAUUCAUUAUAUUUCCAGUUAUCAGAAAUGUAGUGUUAGUUACUGUAAUUGUUUCUUGGGCUGGAAAAUUAACUUUUUGUGCAACAAAUGAAAUAGAUCAUUGUUUUUGUGAACACAUGGCAUUAGUUCAGCUGGCAUGUGGAGAUAUUACUGUCAACAAUAUAUUAGGGCUUUUGGGUAUUUUUCUUAGCAUGGUUUCUGAUUUUAUAUUCGUUAUAAUAUCGUACAUAGUUAUACUUUCUUCUGUCCUGAGAGCUGGUAAAACAUGCUUAAAGGCUUUUAAUACCUGCAUUACUCAUAUAAUUGUCAUGACAGUUGGUAUGACUUUUGCUUUAAUUGCCUUUAUGUCAUACAGAAUAAGAAACAACUUCUCUUCAUCCAGCCGUGUCUUCCUGAGUACAAUGUACUUGAUAUUUCCUAGCUGUUUUAAUCCAAUUAUUUAUGGUGUAAGAACUAAAGAAAUAAGAGAACAGUUUCUGAAAUUGAUUACCUAUUUUAAGGUCUUUCAAAAGUAA